GGUGGACGCGCGGAUUUUUUGAAAAGGCUCCAAAGUUUAUCAACACAUAUUACAUGUUUUUAAAUUUGGGACACCUUUGUCUUUUGUGAAUCAACGCCUACAGUGAUUGGGAGCCAUGGACACAGUGGAGACUCGAUUCACCCAUUUGUUGCAGCCUAUCCGGGAGCUCACGAAAAACUGGGACAUUGAUGUAGCCUCGGAGUUGGCAGAUUAUCUAGAGGAGUUGGAUGAGAUGUGCAUCUCGUUAGAUGGGGGCAAAACCACUCUUAACUUUGCAGAGGCAGCGCUGCUCAUACAAGGCUCAGCAUGCAUUUACAGCAAGAAGGUGGAGCAUUUGUACAACCUGGUGUACCAAACUCUGGACUACAUCAAUGACAGAAACAAGAAGAAAGAGAAACGAGCAGUGACAUCUGGAGAGGAUGGCACGGAUGGGGCCUCAUCCAACAAUGCUAAUGAUGAUGACGGCGGGUUUGACUCCUUAGACCAGGAUACAACAGAUGUCUCACUGCAGUCAAAUGUGGACGUGGCCCCUCUUCCCCCAGAGUCCCUGAUUCCUCCUGAGGCGUUUGAGAAACAGAAGCUGCUUCUCAUUAGUCUGAAAGGAGAGGUGCUGGGCAGCUGUAAGGACUUCAGGAUGAACACGUUCUCUCCGGACACCCUGGGUAUCAUCCGCCUCUUCCUGGCCUCCUCUCAGUCCCACUUCCUCAGGGACGCCCUGUCUGACGCACCCCUGGUCCCCGUCACCCUGUUCGGGCACCAAGAUGACGCAGAGCUUGCAGCAGGGGAUGCCAUGUCGGGCGUUGCCGGGGACGAUGGUGCUGAUGCCGGUGCGGAGAACUUCCUGACCCUGGAGGACAACGGGAUGGAGAUGGACCAGGGACCUGAGGAACAUAUUGACAGACACCAGGCCCCCAGUGAAGGGAGGCUGUUGAGGGAGAGGGGAGGAGUCCAGCAGCUCUCUGAGGAGGAGCAGAAGAAACAGAGGAAGGCGGAGGAGAGGGCCCAGACGGCACACAUGUGGAGGUUACAUGACCUUUAUGAUACAGUGGGCGAGGACAAGCCUCUGAAAACAGGAAGAUGUUAUAAGGUUCCUCCGGGUUUGGAUGAUUCUGGGAAGCGGAAAAGGAAAGGCCUCUCUGCGCUGCAAGACUUCUGGACCUGGUACAUUGGCACCUAUGACCCCCGUGAACCCAGGCUAAAGAAUGGACCCACGUAUACAGACUUGAACUAUAUCUAUAUGAGUCAAAUGAAAGACAAGCUGAAGACCCGGAAGAGGCUUUUGCCCUUACAGGGUGUGUUUGUGUCUGACGAGGAGCUGAGAAGGACGUACCUGCAGCUGGACAAGAGAGAAGAGAGGGAGGAGGAGUUAGAGGGCCUCAGACACCACGACCUGCUAGGCCUGCUCGAUGACCUCUCUGACAACGAACAUGACCCUUUGACUGAUGAAGCCCCGGCUGACUUCCUGAGUGGACAGGACUUCGUACCAGGUAGACACUGUCCUGUCUGUCUAUCUCUCAGACCACAUUCACUCCUGCUAUUAACUGCACAUAUUCUAAGGCAAGGUGUAAACGGAGCCAUGAGGUCUCGACUGUGUGACUGUAGAGUUGGACUAAUGUAUGCAAUCCUAGGCAAAGAUUGUAUAGUUCUGAGUAUGAUUACAAUGUUUCUGUCGCUGCCAAGGGCAGACAUGGACGGACUGAGUUACGAAGACCUGGUGAAGAAGAGUGUGGAGCAGUUCCUAGUGAACUCCCAGGGUUAUGCCCAGGAGACGGCGCUGUCGAAAAGAGUGAAGGAAUGGGAGGAUAAAAUACGACCGGAACUCGCCUAUCAGGAGGUGCGUGCUACCUUUGACAUCCAUGACUAUGGGGACAGGAUCGUAGUGGCUUUGAGCAGUGUGGGCCAGAGGAGGACCUUCUCCUCUAUAGUCCACGGCAUGGACAACUUUGAGGCCUGCAAGUACAUGCUGGCUUCCCUUCAACUGGCCAACGACUACACAGUGGAGAUCGACAGGAGUGAGGGUCUCGAGGAAAGCAUCGACACCAUGGGACUCACUCUGCUCAGCAAACACCGGGCCAACCAACGAUUCAAGAAAGCCCCUGCAGCAACCUCCGACCCUAUAUGACCCAGACAUCUCCUGAUCCUGUGUGUGUGUGUGUGUGUGUGUGUGUGCACUCUUGCCUCCUACUGACUCCGUGGGGGACUAGAGACCCAUUACUCUGAAAAGUUGUACGCACUCCUGUGUGUGACGCCACUUGUGCCUACCGGACCACUGGUACUGACCUGCUCUAUCAACAACCUGGCUGCACCUAUUCUCUCCUCACGUACUUGCUCUUUAAUUUCACUCAACCUGUCUAUUGUUUGAUCUUUGGUGUCUCUGUCCUCUGUAUGUCUUGUCUAUGUGUAUCAUGUCUGUGUAUUCCUCUGGUUCUGUCAAGAGAAAUAAUCUCUCUUUACCUCAUUCACCUGCAUCUACACAAUAUAUUAACCAGAUGUGGCACUCAGGGUAUGUUGGUAGUAUUGACAGACCCUAAGAAUUAUCACCCUGUUCACAAUGUUUGCCUUCGUAUCUAUGGCAAUUCUAUACGUUGGUUUUUAUUUGCAUAUUUGUCCAAGUGGUGUAGAACUCAUACAUUUUCUAUAUCAGAUGAGAGGACUUAAGAAAAAUGUGAUCAUUCAAGAGAACAACCUAAAUUGGGAA